AUGGUCUAAUAUCAAUAAUCAUUAAAGAACAACGUAUNAGAUGCAUUUCUAAAAGGAGGAGAUUUUCAUUCUCGAACUGUUAUUGUAAUGAUAUUAUUAUUAAUCUUUUUAAGACAAUGUUUCCUCAUAUCUAGGAGGAAAUUGAUAAAGGAGAAUUAUUAAUAGAAUGGGACAAAUAAAAAGGAAAAGCACCAGCUCCAUUAGUAAAAGACAAAUAUGCAGCGGAGAGAAGAAAGGCAAAAGUGCUGAACUUUUCAAUUGCAUAUGGUAAGACUGCAACUGGAUUUGCAAAGGAUUGGUAAUGUGAAGUCAAAGAAGCCUAAAAAACAAUAGAUGCCUGGUUUGCUUAGAGAAAAGAAGUGGUAUUAUGUUUAUGUAAUUUAGGAACAAUGGCAAUAUAAUGUAAGAAUGAUAGCAAAAAAUUAAUUUUUUACAUAAACUCUAUUAGGAAGAUAUAGAUACUUGGAAAAAUACUUUUAGUAAUAAACUAGAUCUUAUAUUAAUCAUGGAUUAAGAGCAGCAAUAAAUACUCCUAUUUAAGGAGGAGCUGCAGAUAUAGUAAUUGCAGCAAUGGUUAAAAUAUACAAAAAUUAAUCAUUGAAGGAUUUAGGUUAUAAAUUACUUUUACAAGUUCAUGAUGAAUUAAUUCUAGUAUUUUAUUAUUAUUAAAUUAAUAUAGGAAGGUCCAGAAGAAAAUGCUUAGUAAGCUUUAAAGAUUGUAAAAGAAUUAAUGGAAAAUCCUUUUGAGAUUUAAUUAGAAUUACCUUUAGAAGUUGAUGCUAAAAUAGGAAAUAAUUGGUAUGAAUGUAAAUGA